AUGCACCUUACUCCAUCUAGUGCCCCAAGAGAAAUCCCGAUCAAAUUCCAGAAGGAUCAGUGGGCUGACUGCUCCGAGAUCGAUUAUACGGCACCCAGUACGGAAGGGACAGGUCCUUCUGAGGAUCUACUGGUGGGCUUUGCCAAGUUGGCCAUUCCUACGGCCGGGCGGAAGACAGUCAAGGGGUCUGACCGGGCCGACCAUCUGCACCGCUUUCGGGGAUAUGUUCACGCCCGGCUGUUCUUGGAGAGGAAGCAUUUGUUACGCACAGUGCCGAAUGAGUGGGGAGCUGAAACACCAUCAGAUGUGACAGCACAGAGAGGCUUGUGUGCCCGGAUUCCAUGCCACUACCGUUAUCCAUCACGUCUGGAUGAGAAUUCAAGGACUGGUAUCUGGUAUAACAGUAAAAAGCAGGAAAAUAAUCGUAUAGCCUUUCACUCCAGUGAUCACAGUCAGGAGAUGCAGAAGUUUCAGCAUCGGACCCGUCUGUCUGGAGAUUUGAAUGAUGAUGACUGUUCCCUGGUUAUCGACAACAUCACACAGGAAGAUGAAGGGCCAUAUUAUUUCAGGAUUGAGUUUGCCGGAAGUGAUCGUUACAACUAUCAGCCUGUCACUUGGCUCCGUGUUUCUAAUUUCACAGAUAAACCCAUGAUAUUCGCUGGUGACAUUGUUGAAGGGAAGUCUGUGAAAAUAACUUGCAUCUUCAACACCACGUGUAAUGGAACUUCACCCACCUUGACCUGGGUCACCCCCACGGAUGUACCACCAUCAGUCUCAAGCAGUGUAACUCGGUGGCACAACACUCUGACAUAUACUUCUGUCCUGACCAUGACCCCAGCGCUCAAACACCACGGGCAAAGUCUAACCUGCAGAGUCAGAUACCCAUCCGUUUCAUCGGAGCAGAACCUCACGCUGACUGUGCAGCAUGCCCCACAGAAUUUUUCAAUCACUUCUCCCAACAACGUGAACAGUUCCUGGAUGAUUAUGAAGGAAGGUAUUCCUACAUCGAUCCUCUGCUCUGUCCAGAGUUUUCCAGUGUCUAACCUGACAUGGAAACAUCUCGGUGUCACACUGAGCACAACAAGUUCCAGCAACAAGCUGUGGCUGGUGUUUCCUCAAGUGACACCCCAGCAGGCCGGAGACUAUGAGUGUGUGGCGGAGAAUGAACACGGGACAGCGGAGAGGGUCAUCACACUCAGUGUGGAGUAUCAAACCCACCCGGAGAACUCACCUGGCACCUCCCCCUCGCCAACCUCAGCGGGAACCAGACGCACGGUCGUUUCCAGAUGUGGCAGGUGGCAGACGGGCAACUGGUGA